UCAGAUUCCGAUAUGGUGAGGCUGGCGCCGUCUAGUCAUGUGUCGCCCGUGAUAACGUCUUAUAAAUGGCGUUGUGUGAGGUUCCGUUUCUGUGGGGAUCUGGAUUGCCCGGACUGGGUUUUGGCAGAGAUCAGCACCUUGGCUAAAAUAUCUUCUGUUAAGUUGAAGUUGAUCUGUGCCCAAGUUCUGAAGGAGCAGCUGGGGGAAACAAUUGAUUAUGAAAAGAUAGUGAAGCUGACCGCUGAUGCCCGCUUUGAGUCUGGUGACAUCAAAGCCACGGUUGCUGUCCUCUGUUUUAUCCUCUCGAGUGCUGCCAAACAUAAUGUGAGCGGUGACAACUUGUCCAGUGAGCUCCAGCAGCUGGGUCUCCCCAGAGAACAUGCUGUCUCCCUUUGCCGCUCUUAUGACGAGAAGCAGACUGCCCUACAGGAAACCCUGAGAGAAAACAGUCUCCGCUUAUCACGACUAUCUUCUCUGAGCUGGCGGGUAGACCAGACCCUCAGCUCCAGUAUACUACAAGAGGUGAAUGAACCAGUAGUCCAUCUAAACCUGGGUGUGAAAGAUUCUGAUGGCUCCAGACCUGUCAAUGUGACUAUGUCUGCCAGUAAAUUAAGAGUUUUGUUAACAGAACUGAAACAAGCUCUUGAGAUGAUGAACUCCCUGAACUGAGCUACAUUUUGCUCAGACGCCCUCUGUGCAGCUGAAACUCGGUGGAUGAGGAGACCAUGGGGUCUGUGAAAAAGAACUUGGUUCCUGAGAACAGCCGUCAUCCACAGAAAAUUGAGGAAGAUGGAUACUUCUGGACUAGAUAAACAUUUAUGGUUUACUGUGUAAGGCCUCAUGCACACGGCCGUGUUCCGCGGCCGAGAGCGGACCGUGGAAACCCGGCCGGGAUUCCUGCUGACAGCAUG